AUGAAACCCUCCACCGUCACCAAUGCCGAUUACCACAAAACCGCCCUCAAGAUCGUAUUCUUCUUCAUCUUCGUCGCCGUCACCUUCUUCUUCGUCGGCAAGCACUUCUCCGACGGCUCCUCAUCCCAGCUCAUCUUCUUCUCCGCCACCACUACCGCCACCUCCGCCGAGAUCACCGUAUCCCCCAACUUCAACCAAGUCUUCAACGUCUCCUCCCUAAUCGACGCAUACACCCCUCCAGAACCCUCCGUACUUCCCCCCCCUCCGGAGCCUCAGGAAGCGAUCAAGCGCUUCGGGAUCCUCAACGAGAAUGGCACCAUGUCCAAUGAGUUCGAGGUCGGGAACGUCGAGGACGGCGUGCCGGAGGAGGAGGGGAACGUGAGCCUCAUCGGCGAGGAUUCCGACUCUGCUCCCAGAGUGGCUGUGAGCAAGUUUGGGAUGUGCCCGCGCAGCAUGAGCGAGCAUAUACCGUGUUUGGACAACGAGAAUGCGAUUCGGAAUCUCGAGUCCACGGAGAGAGGAGAAAGAUUCGAAAGGCACUGUCCCGAAGAGGGGAAACGGUUCAAUUGCUUGAUUCCGCCUCCUAAAGGGUACCGUCCCCCGAUUCCUUGGCCCAGAAGCCGCGACGAGGUAACAACUUCCUUCCUAUGUGUUUGGUACAAUAAUGUUCCUCACACUCGACUUGUUGAAGAUAAAGGGGGUCAAAACUGGAUUUCCAAAGGCAAGGAUAAGUUUAGGUUUCCGGGGGGUGGUACACAAUUUAUACAUGGAGCAGAUCAAUACUUGGAUCAUAUUUCUGAGACGGUUCCUGAUAUUAAGUUUGGGCAGAAUAUAAGAGUUGCACUUGAUGUUGGCUGCGGUGUAGCUAGUUUUGGUGCAUACUUAUUGUCACGAAAUGUCAUAACCAUGUCUGUUGCUCCCAAGGAUGUUCAUGAGAAUCAGAUCCAGUUUGCGCUUGAGCGUGGUGUGCCAGCAAUGGUGGCUGCAUUUGCGACUAGGCGAUUGUUAUAUCCAAGUCAAGCUUUUGACUUGAUACAUUGUUCACGUUGUAGAAUUAAUUGGACUCGAGAUGAUGGUAUUUUACUGCUUGAAGUUAAUAGGAUGCUAAGGGCUGGAGGGUACUUUGUCUGGGCUGCCCAACCAGUUUAUAAACAUGAGGAAAUUCUAGAAGAACAAUGGGAAGAGAUGCUUAAUCUUACUACUCGACUAUGCUGGAAGUUUAUGAAAAAAGAUGGGUAUGUUGCAAUAUGGCAGAAACCUUCUGACAAUAGCUGCUAUCUAAAUCGUGAGGCAGGAACUCAACCUCCACUGUGUGACCAAAGUGAUGACCCCGACAAUGUUUGGUAUGUUAAUCUAAGAGCUUGCAUCUCUCAACUGCCUGAGAAUGGAUAUGGAGCAAAUGUUGCCAGAUGGCCUGCACGUUUGCAUACUCCACCUGAUAGGCUUCAAAGCAUAAAAUUUGAUGCUUUUAUAUCCAGAAAUGAGCUUUUUAAGGCCGAAUCAAAAUAUUGGGGUGAGAUUAUAGCAAGCUAUGUACGCGUCUUACGUUGGAAGAAGAUGCGAUUAAGAAAUGUUAUGGACAUGAGAGCUGGAUUUGGAGGAUUUGCAGCAGCAUUGAUUGAUCAGAAGCUUGACAGCUGGGUUAUGAAUGUUGUUCCCGUUAGUGGUUCAAACACCUUACCUGUUAUAUAUGACCGUGGACUGAUUGGAGUUAUGCAUGACUGGUGUGAACCAUUUGACACCUAUCCCAGAACUUAUGAUUUUCUGCAUGCUGCGAACCUGCUUUCUGUUGAGAAGAAAAGAUGCAAUGUGUCAUCAAUUAUGCUGGAGAUGGAUCGGAUUCUAAGACCUGGUGGACGGGCAUACAUCCGUGACACUCUUGCUAUCAUGGAUGAGCUUAUAGAGAUUGGUAAGGCCAUGGGCUGGCAGGUGACAUUGCGAGAUACAUCUGAGGGUCCUCAUGCAAGUUAUAGGGUCUUGGUUUGUGAUAAGCGCCUUCGCGGUUAA